CAUGACGUCACGCAAUCGUCCAAGUCCAAGCAGCAGCGAGGAUAAAAAAGUGUAGCUAAUAAAAAACUGUGUAACGUCGUUUCGAAGUGCGUGUAACUAGUAUUUCGAGUGUUGCUUCUUUUAAAGCUUUUUGAAAUAAAAAUGUCGUACGCUUAUCUCUUCAAGUACAUCAUUAUUGGGGACACAGGAGUCGGAAAAUCAUGCCUUCUUCUACAAUUCACCGAUAAGAGAUUUCAGCCUGUUCAUGACCUGACCAUUGGUGUGGAAUUCGGAGCUCGCAUGAUAACCAUUGAUAAAAAACAGAUUAAGCUGCAAAUAUGGGACACUGCAGGACAAGAAGCAUUUCGUUCAAUAACACGAUCUUAUUAUCGUGGAGCGGCUGGAGCUCUUUUAGUUUAUGAUAUCACGCGCAGAGAAACGUUCAAUCAUUUAACAACGUGGUUGGAAGAUGCAAGGCAACACUCAAAUUCCAAUAUGGUGAUAAUGUUGAUCGGCAAUAAGAGUGAUCUUGAUGCCAGAAGAGAAGUCAGGCAAGAAGAGGGUGAAGCUUUCGCUCGUGAACACGGUCUCGUGUUCAUGGAAACUAGUGCCAAAACAGCGGCCAAUGUGGAGGAAGCUUUUAUCAACACAGCCAAGGAAAUAUACGAAAAAAUUCAAGAAGGAGUCUUUGAUAUAAAUAAUGAGGCGAACGGAAUAAAAAUUGGUCCCCAGCAUUCGCCGACAAGCCCUGGUGGAUUAUCAGGCACCGGAGGUCAGGGCAAUGCGCAAGGGGGUGGAUGCUGCUAGGGGCUGGGGCUUGCUUGUCCGCUGCUAACUCGUUCUUCAAACUGAUCAAAGAUCAUCAACCGCCGCCUGCUCGAUUGAUCGUUUUAUCAUUAUUUCGUAUCUUUAUUUGUUUUUUUUAAGCAAAUUUUUCAACUCGAACGAUAUGAUUAGUACGUGCAAGUUCAUGGGUGUGUCUCCAGUUUGUGGCAAAGUUCUAACAUGUCUGUUAAACAUUUUCAACUGCUUUUUUUUAAGCUCGAUUAUAAAAAAACAUGAAAAUAUGCAUGUUUAUAUGAAUGUGCGUUACAAAAGUUUCGAGAGUCGCCCACGGAUAUGAAGUUUGCUCGUGCAGAAAGGAAAAACUAGCAGCUAUGGAUGACGUAGAAAAGAAAACGAAAAUUGAAUCUCGACAUAAAAAAAUCGCAACAGCCCUUAUCAUCCAUAUACUUUGAUACGAACUAUAGAUUUCUUGGAAUGAAAAAAGUAGUUGAAAAAUGUUCACUCAAAAAGUUGCUAAAAAUACAAACGAUUACGAAUUUUGAUUGGUGAUGAGAGAAAAGAGUAGAAACGAAGAUUCCGGCGACAGAAACGAUGGGUAACAAUACACUCGUUCGAGUAACUCGACUUUGUGCGUGUAUGUAUCGAUGUACCUAAAAAUAAUUGUAAUUAUGAAUUAUUUCUUUUCAUUCCUUUUUUGAGUUCGAUUAAUUUAACUCUCCGAGCUGUACAAUAUCUCCGAGAGAAAAAUAAGAGAUAAACAAAGAAAAAGGAGUCAAAGAAGAAAUAUUAAACGAAAACAAAAAAAAAUGAAGAAAGGGAAGCCUAAACUAACGUAUAUGAAUGGUAACCGUGUACAUUUAAGUUGCGAGGUUUUUCAUUUUCACGAAGCGUCAUAGAAUCGAAUGUGCAAUUUUUAUAUAAUUGUACACUUCUUAUCAUUCUAUGUCUCAAAAUUGUUUGUUUAUUUUUUUUUAAAUCCGCAUGUAUUGAUCAAUGAAUAUUAAUCGUUAUUGGCUUUGAUAGUUUCAAUUUUAAAUACGCAAUUACCAACGAUUAUCAUGCAAUCGCAUUUAAAAAUAAUAAUAGAGCUGAUCAAUCUUGAUUGAUUUAACAGCGUCAGAACUUGCCCGGAACAAGACAACCAAACGAUCGAUCUUGACAAAAAUAAUCGAUGAUAAAGAUGUACCAUACUGAUAAUAUUGAAAUGAAAAAAAAUCCUUAGCGCACAUAUCCUCUUCUAAAUCCUCUCCUACGACCCCCCCCCCCCCCUCCCCCCCUCGCUCAUCUUCAUUUAUUAUUUGUAUUCAUUUAGAACUAGUCAGCAAAUAAGAGAUGUGAUUAUUCCUUUGAUCGUCUUACAUUAUAUGUAUAUUGAAAAAGAAAAACGUAUCUUAAGCACGUACUGUAUAAUCGAUUGUAUAAGUUAAAGACAACAACAACAACAACAACAACAACAACAAACGACAAACAAGAAACUGCGAAGAAAUGAAUGAUAAAAUAAACAUGAACUAUACGUUACACACACAAUGCCUUCAUUGUGCUCGAUCGUAAUAAAUAUUCGUUCACUAUUGCUCAGUGAAA